AUGAAGAAGAUUGUGCUGAAUUUGGAUUUGCAAGAUGAUAUAGACAAGAGGAGGGCUAUGAAAACAGUCUCUACUCUUUCAGGAAUUGAUGAGAUCACCAUUGAUGCCAAAGCGAAGAAACUAACGGUGAUCGGGACAGUCGACCCCGUGACGAUAGUAAGCAAGCUGCGGAAGAAGAAUUGGUGGGCGGAUAUCAUCUCUGUGGGCCCGGCCAAAGAGCCAGAGAAGAAAGAUGAGCCCAAGAAGGAGAAUGGCGCAAAGGAAGAACCGAAGAAAGACGAGCCCAAGAAGGAAGACGAGAAGAAAGAGGAGCCCAAGAAAGAUAACGAGAAAAAAAAAGAACCCGAAUUUGUCGUGGGGACAGUAAUGCCGUUCAGGCAGUACUAUCCGCCGAUGAACACGUAUUACUAUGUGAACCACAGCAUGGAAGAAAAUCCAAAUGCAUGUGUCAUUUGCUAA